UCCGCGGAAGAAGGCAGGGCUUGGAGUGAGGGGCGGGGAUUUCCUACUACCUGAUGCACGAGGGGCUCUCCAGGCCAAGGAACACUGAGAGCUGCACGUCCUUUGGGAGCGGUCGAAGCUUGGAUAAUUGCUAGCAUUAGAUCAAACAUAGGGAGGCCGGGAGGGGUGUUCCUCCCUCCGUUAGGACUUAACCUAUUUCCGCUAUCUGUACCCCCAGCAGGAUGCUUUUCUCUCGCUCUGGGAAAGUGAUCGAUUUCCUAAAGUCCUCCUGGUUCAGCACUGGCAGUGCAGCUGCUCAGGACUCUGGGGUUUCAAAGGAAAAGACCAAAGAAUCAAGGAGGAAAUAAAUAUUUAUCUGGUCGUCUAAGUAUCUGACGCACUCCUCUGGACUGAUUCUAACGUUUGGUUCCCCGAGAGAAAUCUGGGGAUGGUCUUCUGUCUGAUGGAGCAAGGGGCUGGGAACCUGGCCCUGUGGGUCCUGGAAGGGGCCAACUGGCUGCAGUGUCAUUCCAGAAUCAAGGAGUGGGGCCGGGCCAGCCUUCCCAGGUCUCCUCCCCCAGGCCCGGUCCCCUCACAGGACGCCCCCUCCCCGCUCUUCCUGCCGGUUUCCUCUUGCCUUUUCCUGUCCCCCACCCAGUGCUGGGAGCUGGGGCACAGGCAGAGGCUGAACAGGAGCAGCGGGGUCAGGAACCAACCAGGGCAAGCGGAGCCAGGGCCCCCGGGUGCUGCCGGACCCGAAGCAGGGGCCAUGCUAUCUGGUGAACGGAAGGAGGGCGGAAGCCCCCGCUUCGGGAAGCUCCAUCUCCCCGUGGGCCUGUGGAUCAAUUCCCCCAGGAAGCAGCUGGCCAAGCUGGGGCGACGCUGGCCCAGCGCUGCCUCUGUCAAGUCUUCAUCUUCCGACACGGGGAGCCGCAGCAGCGAGCCGCUGCCCCCGCCGCCGCCGCACGUGGAGCUGCGGCGAGUGGGCGCGGUCAAGGCGGCUGGGGGAGCCUCGGGGAGCCGCGCCAAGCGCAUCUCUCAGCUCUUUCGGGGCUCGGGGACCGGGACCACGGGCUCCGGUGGCGCGGGAGCGCCCGGGACCCCGGGGGCCGCGCAGCGCUGGGCCAGUGAGAAGAAGCUGCCAGAGCUGGCGGCGGGCGUGGCCCCGGAGCCGCCACUGGCCGCCCGCGCCACGGCGCCCCCCGGGGUCCUCAAGAUCUUCGGCGCGGGGUUGGCUUCGGGCGCCAACUACAAGAGCGUGCUGGCCACGGCGCGCUCCACCGCGCGCGAGCUGGUGGCCGAGGCGCUGGAGCGCUACGGGCUGGCCGGCAGCCCCGGCAGCGGCCCCGGCGAGAGCAGCUGCGUGGACGCCUUCGCGCUGUGCGACGCGCUGGGCCGGCCCGCGGCGGGCACCGUGGGCAGCGGCGAGUGGCGUGCAGAGCACCUGCGCGUGCUGGGCGACUCGGAGCGCCCGCUGCUGGUGCAGGAGCUGUGGCGGGCGCGGCCCGGCUGGGCGCGGCGUUUCGAGCUGCGCGGCCGCGAGGAGGCGCGCCGCCUGGAGCAGGAGGCCUUCGGGGCGGCGGAGGGCGACGGCACGGGUGCCCCCUCAUGGCGGCCGCAGAAGAACCGCUCCCGGGCAGCGUCUGGUGGGGCGGCGCUGGCCAGUCCUGGCUCGGGGUCGGGUUCAGGGACCCCAGCUGGGUCCGGGGGCAAGGAGCGCUCGGAAAACCUGUCCCUGCGGCGCAGUGUAUCGGAGCUCAGUCUGCAAGGUCGGCGGCGGCGGCAGCAGGAGCGCAGGCAGCAGGCACUUAGCAUGGCCCCAGGGGCAGCCGACGCCCAAAUAGGACCUGUAGACCCUGGCGACUUCGAUCAGUUGACCCAGUGCCUCAUCCAGGCCCCCAGCAACCGCCCCUACUUCCUGCUGCUGCAGGGCUACCAGGACGCCCAGGACUUCGUGGUGUAUGUGAUGACGCGGGAGCAACACGUGUUCGGCCGGGGUGGGAACUCCUCGGCCCGCGGUGGGUCCCCAGCCCCGUACGUGGACACCUUUCUCAACGCCCCGGACAUCCUGCCGCGUCACUGCACAGUGCGCGCGGGCCCUGAGCCCGCGGCGACGGUGCGCCCAUCCCGGGGAGCCCCGGUCACGCACAAUGGGUGCCUCCUGCUGCGGGAGGCCGAGCUGCAUCCGGGUGACCUGCUGGGGCUGGGCGAGCACUUCCUGUUCAUGUACAAGGACCCCCGCGCUGGGGGUUCGGGGCCAGCGCGGCCUCCGUGGCUGCCGGCACGCCCCGGAGCCACGCCGCCAGGCCCUGGCUGGGCCUUCUCUUGCCGCCUGUGUGGCCGUGGCCUGCAGGAGCGUGGGGAGGCGCUGGCAGCCUACCUGGACGGCCGCGAGCCGGUGCUGCGCUUCCGUCCGCGCGAGGAAGAGGCGCUGCUGGGCGAGAUCGUGCGCGCCGCGGCCGCCGGCGCCGGGGACCUGCCACCCCUGGGGCCCGCCACGCUGCUGGCGCUGUGUGUGCAGCAUUCAGCUCGGGAGCUGGAGCUGGGCCACCUGCCUUGCCUGCUGGGCCGCCUGGCUCGUCUCAUCAAGGAGGCUGUCUGGGAAAAGAUUAAGGAAAUUGGAGACCGUCAGCCAGAAAACCACCCUGAGGGGGUUCCUGAGGUGCCCUUGACCCCUGAGGCUGUGUCCGUGGAGUUGCGGCCACUCAUGCUGUGGAUGGCCAACACCACAGAGCUGCUGAGCUUUGUGCAGGAGAAGGUGCUAGAGAUGGAAAAGGAGGCUGACCAGGAGGACCCACAGCUCUGCAAUGACUUGGAAUUAUGUGACGAGGCCAUGGCCCUCCUGGAUGAGGUCAUCAUGUGUACCUUCCAGCAGUCUGUCUACUACCUCACCAAGACUCUGUAUUCAACCCUGCCUGCUCUCCUGGAUAGUAACCCUUUCACAGCCGGGGCAGAGCUGCCGGGGCCUGGAGCCGAGCUGGGGGCCAUGCCUCCAGGGUUGAGACCUACUCUGGGCGUGUUUCAAGCAGCCCUGGAACUGACCAGCCAGUGCGAGCUGCACCCGGACCUCGUGUCUCAAACUUUUGGCUACUUAUUCUUCUUCUCUAAUGCAUCCCUUCUCAACUCGCUGAUGGAGCGAGGUCAAGGCCGACCUUUCUAUCAGUGGUCCCGAGCUGUCCAAAUCCGAACCAACCUGGACCUUGUCUUGGACUGGCUGCAGGGGGCUGGGCUGGGUGACAUUGCCACUGAGUUCUUCCGGAAACUCUCCAUAGCUGUGAACCUGCUCUGUGUGCCUCGCACCUCACUGCUCAAGGCUUCAUGGAGCAGCCUACGAACGGACCACCCCACACUGACCCCUGCUCAGCUCCACCAUCUGCUCAGCCACUACCAGCUGGGGCCUGGCCGUGGGCCUCCACCUGCCUGGGAUCCUCCCCCUGCAGAGAGAGACGCUGUGGACACAGGGGACAUCUUCGAAAGCUUCUCCUCCCAUCCUCCCCUCAUCCUACCCUUGGGCAGCUCGCGCCUCAGCCUCACAGGUCCGGUGACUGACGACGCCCUGCACCGUGAACUGCGCAGGCUGCGGCGCCUCCUCUGGGAUCUUGAGCAGCAGGAAUUGCCGGCCAAUCACCGCCACGGACCUCCCGUGGCCACGCCUCCUUGAAAACCAAUAGCAAACGAGCGCGCGAACCUUGAAAAUUCUUCGGCUUCUCUCCUCAGAGCCCGCCUGAGCGCAGAGCUUUCUGGGAGUUGUAGUUUUUCCUCGCGUGGAAUGCUGGGAAUUUGAGUUUUGGGGUAGUAGAGGAUGGGACCGUGGGAAGAUGGGUUUGGGAUUUGAGUGCCAGGAACAAUAAAGGUAUCUGUGGUAUUGGCAA